GCAAAAAACACAACUAACCAUCAAGAAAAAAGUGCUUCACUUGUUCCACUUCCCACAACCGCCCACCACAAACUCCGGCGAGAUCAAGACAGGAGGUCCUCAUCGCCCUAUCCACGAUGAGCGGCAGCGGCAGCUUCGAGCAGCACCCGAAGCGGCGUCCCCCGGCGCCGGGACCGUCCGACCAGCAGCAGCAGCGGAAGCUGCUGAAGCUUUCGAUGCAGGAGGAGGACGACGUGGCCGCGGGCGUCGUGCCUCCGGUGACCGUGGUCCUGGACGGGCGCUGCAUCUGCCACCGCGUCCACCUCAGCCGGCACACGGGGUACCGCAGCCUCGCGGGCGCGCUCCGCCGCAUGUUCGUCGACCACACGGAAGGCGCCGCCGACGGCGAGGACCACGGCAUCGACCUCUCCAAUGCCGUCCCCGGCCACGUCGUGGCCUACGAAGACAUGGAGGACGACCUCCUCCUCGCCGGCGACCUCAACUGGAAGGACUUCGUCCGCGUUGCGAAGAGGAUCCGGAUAAUACCAGCGAAACAAUCAAGCCGAAGGAAGCAGUGUGUGGAGCUUAACAAUUAGCUACGCAUAAUUAAACAUUACGUGUAAUUAAUUACACCAAGCCUCUACUUCUACUCUAUCUAGUUCACUGCGGUUAGCGUGUGGGUCUCUGUGUUUCACCUUGUAAUGUUAAGGACUUAAAGUCGAUUAAGUUUGUGUUAUGACCAAUGUGAUCAGAGAUGUGUCAAGCAAAUCAACUCAGUCAAUUACAGACAA